AUGCUCUGCUACAUCUCCGACCCCACUACUUCUAGCACACCGCCAGGAGUCAAUGCUGUCCAUACCACUACCAGUUCCGACCGUUCUCAGCUCCAGAUUCUCGAGCUCCAUGUCAAUACUCCUGGUAAUGGCCCCAGCAAAACCUGCCCUGCACGCGCUUUGCUGGAUUCUGGUGCCGAGGUCGCGCUGGUCUCAACUGCCGAGCUCGAGCGCUGGCGUGAGACGGGAGUCACUGUUGACUUAGUUCCGGACGAGACCACUCUGGUACCCUUUGACGGUGGCCGGCAAUGCUCAGUCCUUGGCCGAGGAACAGUGGAGAUCACUCUUGACGGCAUCGUCAUCCCUGUCACUAUCCGAGUAUUCCCCACCUUGAGCCACCCUUUCAUUCUCCCGCUCUCUGUCUUUCGAGAGGCCGGCGGGGCAGUCUGGGUGAUCUCAGAUGGUCAUGGGGACUCGCUUUAUCUUCGUCAUGACUUGAAUAAGAUCGGCCUGAACACUGUCACCACUGAUUACCAUGAAAGCCGUCUUGUUGCCAACACCACUGCCCUUGAGGAGAUCACGUGUGAUGACUAUUUCGAUCUACCUAGGGACGAAAACUUGCUCGAUGUCUCCCUAGUGCCUGACCCAACCGCACCCGACGGGAGGCCCUCGAUCUCUGUGCCAUGGUUGAGUUCCGACCGCCCCAAGCUCAAUUACACCCUAGCCAAGGCUAGAGACCUCAGU